CACUCGUUUUGGAACUUGACUUUUCAUUUGUUAAUGUCACGCCCUUUGGAAGGGGUUCCAGAAUUUGUAACUGGACCUUUGCUGCUGAUGGAAGCUAUUGAGAAAUACAAACAGCUAAACACUUCAGAUCUCAUUGUUUAUCCACCUAAAGUAUUCAAUCCCUGGAGCUGGAUUGUAUCCAAGGAGACUAGUAUAACAGAGUGUAAAUCAUUCGGUAAAAUUAACAAAACUGAGCUAAAAGCCUGUCGCGGCUUUUAUAAUGGGUCAAAUACAGUGACAUACCAUGCACAUUCUUGGAGUUUAUGAAAUAUGCACAUUCUCGAUAUUGAUGACAUGCCAUGCGCAUUCUUGGAAUUGAUGAAAUAUGCACAUUCUCGAUUUGAUGACAUGCCAUGUACAUUCGGUAUCUGACUUUACCGUUGUCAGG